GGUAUUAUUUGUUCAAACUACAAAUCGACAAGAUGUCCAUUUUCGCUUCUGGCUCGUUAAAACGUUCUGCGGGCGUUAUAGACGCAAUUAGAAAGCAAGUUAAGCUUGUGACCCUGAAACCGGCCAAACGGAUUGUGAUCAAAUUCGAUCCUUUUCACGAUAAGGCUCCGGAGACCAGAAAGUUCCUGCUCCACAUAACGAAUCCGAAAAUUCAAGACACAAACUUGAACUGCUUGGUAAAAGCAGAGGUUUUGUGUGACUUGUCGGAUCCUUCAGUUGAAGUGCAUUUAAACGAGGGCGGGAAAGUGACUGUAAAGAGCAGUAAUCUCUCGUGUCUUGAGAUUCUCAAACUUUACAACAAGUACGUUACGCCUCUUGCGCCAGUAGAAGAAGCAACAAACGUGGUCAAAACGAAAGCGGCUAAAACGUCUCAUCAACUCGCGUCCAAGAAGAAGAGAUAGACACGUUACUCAUUUCUUUCAACUGACUAGUUCUUAGAAACACGGCAGCAACCAUGAGGCAGGAGAAGCAGUACAGCAUGAAAAUGAUCGACACUCUCUACAAUGAGUAUGUGCCUUCGUUCACCGAUAUAUUCGACGAGGACACUUGGUACAUCUUUGUCGGCAUAUUUACGGUCUCCACAAUUAUUGUCG